CCACUCGCUUCUGACGGGCUAAACACGCUAGUUCGCCGACCCCUGCCAUAAUUUUUCGACAGAACCCAGAGGCCAGAAAUUUAUUAGGUAUUAAAGACUGUUCGCCCUCUGCAAUUUUCUCGUCUUGCUCAUUUCUUCCCUUCUCCUCCCACUAUACAAACAAAUCUCCCCUCACUCCUUUCUUGCUUCACAGACCUUCUUCUGCGCAGGAAGAAGAGCUGCGAACCCCCCCGCCACAAGGACACUCUCUCCAGCGUAUCGAUUGCCCCUCCAACCUUUUUGCGGGCCCGCCGAUAACGACGAUCGCACUAGUGGUCGACAAUUUUUCUCCCUCUCCCACACUUGAUCCCCUCCGCCGUCUCCCCUUCUUCUCUUCUUCUACAACAUGCCCGCUGUGACCGAUACAUCAGCAACCGCAAGCAUGGCCUCAAAAGAGAAUCAAAACAGUGUCAAGGUCCUUGAUGAACUUAUGGCAAAGCUCUUGAUUUCCAAGGCUCAGGAGGACAUCAAUGCCGCCACCCACAACCUGGCUAUCUUCAUUAACUCGCCCAUCGAGGAGAACGACGCCCCAACCAAGACCGUCGAAACCCUCAAGAAGCAACUUGGAAACAAGAAGGAUGGCAACGUCAGAGAACGCGCUCUCAAUGCCAUCCAGGCUAUUGCUGAGCAUGCCGAUACCUCCCCAUCUGUCGAGCCAUACCUGGUUGUCCUCCUCCCCUCGGUCCUCUCGGCCGUUGGUGACAAGAUGGUCCCAGUCAAGAACGCCGCUCAAGCUGCUGCCCUUGCCAUCAUCAAGGCUGUCAGUGCCAACGCCGUCAAGGCUGUCCUCCCACCCAUCAUCAACUCCAUCUUGACCGCUCAAAAAUGGCAAGAGAAGAUCACCGGUCUCACCUGUAUCGAGGCUCUCGUCGAAUCCGCCCCAUCACAACUCGCCCUCCGCGUCCCAGAUCUGAUCCCAGUCGUCUCCGAAUCCAUGUGGGACACCAAGCCUGAGGUCAAGAAGAUGGCAUACGGUACAAUGGAGAAGGUCUGCGGUCUUAUCGUCAACAAGGAUAUCGAUCGUUUCAUUCCCGAGUUGAUCAAGUGUAUCGCCAAGCCAGAGAAUGUCCCAGAGACUAUUCAUUUGCUCGGUGCCACCACUUUCGUCACUGAUGUUCACGAGCCAACUUUGGCCAUUAUGGUUCCUCUUUUGGAUCGUGGUCUUGCUGAGCGUGAGACUGCCAUCAAGCGAAAGUCUGCCGUUAUCGUUGACAACAUGUGCAAGCUUGUCGAGGACCCCAACAUUGUUGCGGCCUUCUUGCCAAAGCUUAUGCCUCAACUCACCAAGAACUACGAGAACUUGGCUGACCCCGAAGCCCGUGAGAAGACCAAGCAAGGUCUCGAUACUCUCAUCCGUGUCGGUGCCGUUGUCGACGGAAAGAUCCCAGAAGUUUCCCACGCUGGUGAUGUCUCGACCGUUUCCGCUAUCUUAAAGGAGAUCCUCGAGUCUGGCAAGCACAAGGCUGUUGUUAACAAGUUCGCUCCAAUCCUCGACUUCGUUUCCGCCCUCGCUGGUCAACUUAUUGAUGAGAAGGAUGCCGAUACCCAGAGCUGGACUUCAAACAUCAAGCCAUACAUCGCCUCAAUCAUUCCUGAGUCUGACGCUCAGGCUGUUGUGGAUGCUCUCCGAAAGAAGGCUUCCCCACUUGCCGAGGACGCAGAUGCUGAGGAGGCUGAUGAUGAGGAGGGAGAGGAUCUCUGCAACUGCACAUUCAACUUGGCCUACGGUGCUAAGAUUCUCCUCAACCAGACCCAUCUCCGCCUGAAGCGUGGUCAGCGAUAUGGUCUCUGCGGUCCUAACGGUUCCGGAAAGUCCACUCUCAUGCGUGCCAUCAACAACGAACAAGUCGAGGGUUUCCCCAAGAAGAGCGAAGUCAAGACUGUUUUCGUUGAGCACGAUCUUGAUGCCGCUGAUACCGAGCAAACCACCAUCGACUGGACCAUGAAGAAGUUGAAGGAGGUUGGUGUCGAGACUUCCCGUGAGGAGGUCGUCAAGCAAUUGACUGAGUUCGGUUUCACCGAUGCUAUGAUCACCAACUUGAUCACCGCCCUUUCCGGUGGAUGGAAGAUGAAGUUGGCUCUUGCCCGUGCCGUUUUCGAAAACCCAGAUAUUCUCCUCCUUGAUGAGCCGACUAACCAUUUGGACGUCAAGAACGUCAAGUGGCUCGAGGACUACUUGAUGGCUUCCCCUUGCACAUCCAUCAUUGUUUCCCACGACACUGGCUUCCUCAACAACGUCUGCCAACACAUUAUCAACUACGAGAGAUUCAAGCUCAAGCGUUACCGUGGUAACGUCCGUGAGUUCGUCAAGAAGUGCCCAUCUGCCAAGUCAUACUUUGAGCUUGGUGCUUCUGAGAUGGAAUUCAAGUUCCCUGAGCCAGGUUUCCUCGAGGGUGUCAAGACUAAGGCCAAGGCCAUUGUUCGUGUCUCCAAGAUGAGCUUCCAGUACCCAGGUACACCAAAGCCCCAGAUUUCCGACAUCUCUUUCCAAUGUUCGCUCGGUUCCCGUAUUGCCGUCAUUGGUCCCAACGGUGCUGGUAAAUCUACUCUCAUUAACGUCUUGACCGGUGAACUCAUCCCAACCAUCGGUGAUGUCUACACCCACGAGAAUAUUCGUAUCGCAUACAUCAAACAACACGCUUUCGCACACAUCGAUCACCACUUGGAGAAGACUCCUUCAGAGUACAUCCAAUGGCGUUUCCAGACUGGUGAGGAUCGUGAGACUAUGGAUCGUGCCAACAAGAUCGUCACCGAUGAGGAUGAGAAGGCAAUGGACAAGAUCUACAAGAUUGAGGGUUCCCAAAGACGUGUUAUUGGUAUCCACUCCCGCCGCAAGUUCAAGAACUCUUACGAGUACGAGUGUUCGUUCGCUCUUGGAGAGAACGUUGGCAUGAAGAACGAGAGAUGGGUUCCUAUGAUGACAGCCGACAACGCUUGGAUUCCCCGUACCGAGAUCUUGGCUUCCCAUCAAAAGAUGGUUGCUGAGGUUGAUCAGAAGGAGGCUCUUGCCAGUGGUCAGUUCAGACCUCUGGUCCGAAAGGAGAUUGAGGCUCACGGUGCCAACUUCGGUCUCGAUGCCGAGUUGAUCUCCCAUUCCCGCAUGUUGGGUCUUUCCGGUGGACAGCGUGUCAAGGUCGUUCUCGCUGCAUGCUCGUGGCAACGUCCUCAUUUGAUCGUUCUUGAUGAACCUACCAACUAUCUUGAUCGUGACUCUCUCGGUGCUCUUUCCAAGGCUCUCAAGUCCUUCGAGGGUGGUGUUAUUAUCAUUACUCACUCCAAGGAGUUCACUGAGAACUUGACUGAGGAAGUUUGGGCCGUUGUUGACGGAAAGAUGACUCCAUCUGGCCACAACUGGGUUCAAGGACAGGGUGCUGGACCUCGUCUAAAGGGUGACGAUGAUGAUGAGGAAGAGAAGUUUGAUGCUAUGGGUAAUAAGAUUGUGUCGACGAAGAAGGCCAAGAAGCUUACUUCCGCCGAGUUACGGAAGAAGAAGAAGGACCGUAUGGCCCGACGCAAGAGAGGAGAGGAGGUCUUUUCGGAUGAAGAUGAUUAGAUGCACAAGUCGACGUAGGGAAGGGAAAAGUGUUAUCUGUAGGGUUUUGCGCAUUGGGAAUUGUCUCCGGAGUUUUUCUGCGUUACUCUUUCGUGGUCACCAUGGUUUUUGCAGACUAGAAGAUAGAUCAGCAAAUAGACACUUCAAAAUUGCAAUACAAAAAUCAAUUGUACAAGAA